CAUGGAUUUAUGCCAUAAUCAAAUUUUGAAGCCUCUUGCUUUCAAACCAGUGUGGGGAUAUUCAGAAAUUAUCAGGGAACUUGCCACUCUCUAUUGUUGCUGUCCAUCUAUGACAGAGAUGUCUCCAUACUUGCAAGCCUAUUGUGCUUGCCAAAACCUGUGAUCUUGCUCAGCUCAAGCUGUUGAGGAUGCUAACGAGGCCAACACUGAAAACAAACCUCAAGCUGAUGCUCCCAGUUGUGAACAGAAGCAAGCUGAAAAAGUGGUCACCGAUAUUCAGCAAGAUAAGGAAAGCCUGAACUUAGUUGACAAGCCUGUCACUCAAAACAGCGACCACCCUCAAAUGGACAAGGAUGUAGAUAAAGAAGAAAGCAAAAUCCCUGUUGCCACAAGAGUCUUCAGCAACCGCAGAAGACGUUCUUCAAGACUCGACAUCAGAGCCAGGCUCAUAAGACUCAGGACAAGGAUCCAGAAUGGGCGGGUCACUGGAUUUCAGAGCUCCAGAAAGAAGACCAGAGGAACUACUGACACAAGUCUAGGAAGGAGGUCUCAGUACAUUGGAGUGUCCAAAAACAACGCCAACUGGCAAGCUCUUAUCAACCAUAGAAACACCAAGAAAUAUAUCGGAACUUUUACCGAUGAACUCGAAGCUGCCAGGACCUAUGACCUGUAUGCAAUGACAAUGCAGGGCCAGAAAGCAUGCCUGAACUUCAGCUACUCUGCUCAAGAAGUGGAGGAGAUGGUGGACUACUUUGUUGCUUACAAGGCUGUGAAUAUGGCAGCUUUCGAAACAGCAUCUAACUAGAUCGUUCACCUAAUAUAAUGCUUUCGUAAUUCUAUGCUAUUUUCAAGU